CAGAAGUUUGGAACAUCUCUAGACUUUUAACUUCAACCAUAUCGGGAAUAGCACGUUCGAACUGAACAUUCACCAAAAUACUACUGGUACUAAUAUUUACGUACCACUCAUUAUUCAUUGGUGUAAAGUUAUGAAGAUAAAAGCUACAGAUGAGAGAUUAACUAACAAUUAAGAGUAUUUGUCUUUGUGAUGACAUAUUGAUCUAAACAAGUUGGACCAAAAUAUAAGUUUUCAACAUGGAGAUGCCAUUUAGAAUUCGUACUUCAAAGUUCAGACACGUGUAUGGAAAUCCUGCCAAAAAAGAAGAAUGUUACGAGAACGUAAAAAUAACUAAGAGUACACAUGACAGUAAUUUUUGUGCCGUAAACCCUAAAUUUUUGUGUGUUGUCCCCGAUACAGGAGGAGGUGGAUCGUUUAUAUGUCUGCCUCUUAAACAGACUGGUAGAGUAGAGUUUAGUGUUCCUAGAGUAUGUGGUCAUUCUGGAGCAGUAUUAGACAUAAAAUGGAGUCCAUUUAGUGAUAAUAUCAUAGCAUCAUCAUCAGAAGACAGCACAGUAAAAAUAUGGCAAAUUCCAGAUAACCUUAAUAAAAAUUUAUCAGAAUGGCAGGUAGAUCUUCACGGCCAUCAUCGGAGAGUUGGGUAUAUAGAAUGGCACCCAACAGCAGAGAAUGUCAUUCUUAGUGCUGGCUUUGAUCAUAAGUGUAUAUUAUGGAAUGUGGAGCAGGCAGAACCCAUCAGUGUGAUAUCAGAACAUCCAGACAGUAUUUAUUCCAUAUCAUGGAACACAGAUGGAAGCUUGUUCUGUACUACAUGUAAAGAUAAACAGAUUAGAGUUCUCGAUCCCAGAACAGGGAGUGUUGCAAUGGAAUGUCAAGGCCAUGAUGGAAACCGAUCGUCUAAAUCAGUAUUUGUAGAUAAUAAUAGAAUAUUUACAUGUGGUAUGACCAGAUCCAGUAGUAGAGAACUGGCUGUCUGGGAUAUUAGGAAAUUCAACAAGUCAUUAUUCAACAACACGAUAGACACAUCUAAUGGUAUUCUGUUACCAUAUUACGACAGGGACAAUAGAGUCAUGUAUUUAGCAGGCAAAGGCGAUAGCAAUAUACGAUAUUAUGAAAUUGAUGACCAAUCAAAUUGUUAUUUCCUUAACGCCUUCAUGUCUUCAUACCCACAGCGUAGUUUAGGUGUGAUGCCAAAGAGAGGCUGUGAUACGAGUAGAUGUGAAGUCAUGCGAUUUUAUAAACUACACUCCGGCAAGGAUGUUAUAGAGCCGAUUUCAAUGAUAGUCCCAAGAAAGGUUUCCUCUCAGUUUCACAGUGAUAUUUAUCCCAAUACAUCCAGUAUGUUACCUUCACUAACAGCUGAUGAAUGGAUAGCAGGUCAAAACAGGGAACCAGUUAUGGUGUCAAUGUUGGAUGGUCAUGUGACUAAUUGUCCCAAGACGACAUCAUCAACUGCCAUACAGAAUCAACAGAACGACAUCAUCCAUCAGGCUCCAACCAUUACUACGUAUAAAACUGUCAACAAGCAGGGCAUGCCUCCACGGGCCAGUACCAUAGAUGUACCACGGAGGACAGACAAACGACCUGCAUCAUUACAGAACUUGAAACGACUCAGUACUAACGAAGAUUAUGUAUCUUACAGUGCUGUCAGUGAAGCUUCUGAGAACCACACAAAUAAAAAUGGUAUGACUAAUGGCCACAAGGAAGAAAAGAAAGUAACAAAGAGAGGCUGGUCCCCUAUUUCGCCAACAAAAGAUGCAAUGACUAAUGGAUUUACUGGUUCCGAACCUGAGAAAUUUCAUGUCAAGAAAGUCUGGUCAACUCCGCCUCCUUCUGCUCUUCCCUGUCAAUCACCACUUAAUGAUGUGGAGUUACAGAAAGCUUAUUUCCAACAAUCAGAGGAAAUCAAGAGUUUAAAAGAACAAGUGAAAUUAAAAGACAAAAGAAUCAGACAAUUAGAGGAUGAAUUAAAAAUAUUACGGACUCCGUCAGACUGUGGUCCUGGUCAAAGCGACUGCUGACCUCUAACCCCAAAAAGUGCAAAGGUCAUGGUCAGAGUGACUGCAGACUGAUGAAACAAUUAUGAUUUUUAAAGUGCAAAGGUCAUGGUCAGAGUGACUGCAGACCGCUGACACAAUUAUGAUUUUAAAAGUGCAAAGGUCAUGGUCAGAGUGACUGCUGACCGCUGACACAAUUAUGAUUUUAAAAGUGCAAAGGUCAUGGUCAGAGUGACUGCAGACCGCUGACACAAUUAUGAUCUUAAAGUGCAAAGGUCAUUUAAUCAUGGGCUUACUGCAAGAAUCAUUUUCAUUCCCCUUGUAUGCAGAUAUUUUGAUGAAGAAUGCACAAAUGCAGGAGAGUCAAGGACGGGAUUUUAAAGCUCACUUGACCCCAGAGCCAAUGUUGGACAUUGUCAAAGCUUUGAGUUGAAACCUGUUCUCCGUUAUCAUCAGAUAUCCAUUCGAUAUAAACUCUUUAUACCCACACUUCAUAAUCUUAUGUGAGAGAAAAAAUUGAAAAGUUUUUGAACACCUGGCUGUAAGAGCUAUUUCUUCAAUCUGAUUACCUAUUCUAAAUAUUUAAAUCUAAAGAACUGGUGAUGGAGAAUUGGAUUUCUUUAAUGGGCUUUUUAAUUUAUUGUUAGAUCUAAAAGCAAUGGUCAUCAAUAUACAGUUGAGUCUAUUAUGAAAAAAGGUAGAGUCCAUGUAAUUGUAUUUAGUUAAAACCUGGUCAUCACAUUUUGUUUGUACACUUAGAUACAGAAAAAUGUUUCUAUGUGUAUUUAUGUAACAACAUAUAAUAUACAAAAUUGAACCUAUACAUUAUAUGUUAUCGCCAAAAAAUGAUACCCAAAUCCUUUUAAAAAUGCUUGUAAGAAUUUUUCAAGAACAUUUCUUCUUUUUUUGUUUUAAGAAAAAAAAUGUUGUGGUAUUUUUCAGAAUCUUUUUAAAUGGUUGUAGAAUUUUUUCUUUAAUAAGUUCUGUGAUUUUCUUACAAAAUUAUUAUAAUGAGGAAUUAUGUGAUUAAUAAGACAAACUGAACCAAAAAAAAUGCUCUGCUAAAUAAAUGUGGGGAAAAGAAAGAUAACUCUGGUUGUGAUUAAAAACUUCAAAAAAUGUAUGAAAUAUUUUGUUGUUUAAUGUUUGUUUCUCUCAGGCUUAUUAUUGUUUUAAAAGUUGCUUGUUAUUUUUAUAAUUUUCUAAAUUCCCAAUAUUUUGUUUUAAUUUAUUUUUUAUAUAACCUUUUUUUCUGUUUUAUUAUGUAUGUUGUCUUUUAACAUGAAUUUCAUUUUAAAUACUUUUUUUUAAAAGCACCCAAGUGUGGAUUACUAGUCAUAAUAUGUUUUAACAAACAUUUAGUGCUUAUUUUUAAAUUGAACCUUAGAAGAAAACUUCAGAUCUGAGCUUAUUUUAUGAAAACAUUUUAUUUUAUGUUUAUUUUUUCUUUUAAAAGUGCAAAGAUUCUGAAAUAGAUCUACAUAACAUAGAUUCUACGUGUAUACUCCGAUAAUUAAUCAAUUUACAAAAUCAUCUGUUCAUGUGAAGUGCAAGGUUUAAAUAUGAUAUGGACAAAGGAAGAUAACUCCAAAUCAAUCAUUGGCUAAAUGUGUAUUGCAAAUUUUAAUGUUAAGUCCUCAUCCAGAUGUAAGCAAUAUUUAUCCUUCAGUGAUCCUUUUGUUACUGAUUCAAUGUGCUAAUCAUUGCUUCAUGAAUUCUGUGAAUUUAUCAUGGCUGUUUGACAAGAAUGCUGAGAAUUUUAUGAAUUGAACCACUGUUCAUUGUUUUUCAAAAUGGUGUUAGAAAAAACGUUUUUAAAUCCAAUUGGAACUGCUUAUACUAUAAGUAUAUAUAAUUCAAAGUUUUUGUUUUAACAUUUGACUGUUACUUUUAUUUUGUUUGUAAUGUCUUAUUUCAUUGGUGGGCAUUGUGGUAACCAAAAGUGUAUUCAUAUAUAAAUCUGUUAAAUGACACCAUAGGAUGAAUCUGACAGAGGAAAAAUUAUAGUUCCCAUGAAUGUUAAUGGAAGUUUUGAUCUAGAGAAAAUUUGAUUUGAAUUUUGAUUGUAUAAUUUCAAGUACAUUUUAUUGAAACGAUCUGUCAUAAAGGUUCUUUAUCUGUUAUUUUUUUUGUUUUGUCCUUUGUUUAAAUCUUUUUACCUUAAUUGCAAAACUAUGUAUUUCAAACUGCCGAAAAUUUUAUUAUGAUCAAUAUUUUGAGCAAAAGAAUAUUCCAUACCUGCCAACUGUCACUAAUGUCGGGGAUUUCCCCAUGGAGGCUCCAAAAUGGAAAUUUUGAAAGAGCAAUUUUGUCCACAAUUUCAAACAAAACAAUUAAUUUUACAAUGGCUAAGGGUUUUUAAAAGUAUGAAGAAGCCAAAAAACAACAUUAGAAUAUAUUUGAAGGCCCCCUUGAAGGUUUUGUAGGACUUUGGGAGUCAUUUUGCACACAACACCCCCAUGGGCAUUUUAAAAAAUUGGCAGGUAUUCUCUAGCUAACAAAAUAUGCUGUUAUUGUAAUCAAUAAAUUGAACAAAACAUGUUCAUGUGUAUUCUCAAAUAAUGCAACUAUUACACAUAAUAUGAAAAAGUGAAAAUAUUAUGUUAUGAAAUCUACAUUAUAAUUUAUACUUAAACAAUUCCUGUUUUCACAUGAUAUAAUAGAUCUGGUAUUUCUGUUUUUUUUAUAAAGAAAAUGAACUUGUAAAAUUAAUAUUUUAAAGAAUCACGUUCAGAUUCGUGGGACCAUGAAAACCGAAAAAUAAAUCAUUCCAAAAUUGUGAUGAAGAAAAAAUGUUGUGAAGAUUUAAGAAAUUAUAUUAAUAAACAAUCAAUUACUAAUUGAGAAUCCAACUCAUGACAAAAGUCAGACUAUUUACAUUAAUGGCAAGAAGUUGCAAAAAAAACAGGACUGGACCCCUAAAUUUGAAAAAAGGGGACCAACAACAAAGACAUUGUGCGUGGGACUUGUUAAAGGUCUGUGUUAUAAUUAUCCCCCCCCCUAAAUCUGCUUCUUAAUAAACUUGUUAAAUUGUUUUUUGCAGUGGCAGAUCCAGAGGGGGUUUACAGGGGUUGGAAUCCCCUUCCUCUUUUGAAGAUCAAAGCUUUUGAAGGGGGAUAUUUGGUUGGAACACCCCCCUUAUGUCAUGGGUUUGAACCCUGCUUCUAGAAAUGAUCCUCCCCAGAUUGCUUUACCAUGUGCUGAUAUACUCUGUUAACAAACCAAAUCUGUAAAAAUAAUAAGUUCUAAUUCGCCGUUUCAGAAUCUAAUGCAUCCUGGGUAAUAUUUUCGAAAGCGUACACCAAAGCGUUUUUAUUGGUUAAGAACGUUAUAAACUAUGGAAAUUCAUCCAAUGACAUCACAUUAUUUUCACUUUGGGGUAUGAACAAUGAAAUUACCCAUGAUGCUUUAAAUUCUGAAACGGCCAAUUAGCUUGAAACAUUUUUGUGGCAAGGUCAUUAGGUCAGACAGAUUGUGAUGGCUAUUAUUUGCUUAAGUGACUGACAAUGUGAAUGUGAUUAUAUUAUUAUGAUUAUGCAAAAUGUACUCUGCUUUGAGUAGUGUUUCUUUUAUAUGAAUAUUUAAAUUUUAUCAAAAUGUUUGUGAAAACUGUGCAAAUAAAUGAGGAAAUUCUG